AUGGCUCAGUCGACACAAAUCUCCGUCUCUGAACCGGCCGUCGAGAACGCCAUGCCACACUCUCCAGUGCUCGCAGCCAAACGAUCACACGACCACAUCGAACCCAUCGCAGAAGCCGCGCCCGCGCUAAAGAAAGUCAAGACAAACGACAACACGCUCGAAGCCAAUGGACUUGAGGAUACGCAGAUGAAGGAUGUUCAAGAGGUGGAGAGCAUGAAGGAUGUGCAAGAGACAGAACUCAACGCUGCAUUGGCUGUGCUGGACGAUGGAGUCAAAGAGUCUGAUGCUGCCAGUGGAAGGAGCGCGUGGUGUAUGGCGCUGGGAGAGCUUUGA